CAAACCAAAACCAUAAAUAUCAGAUCUAGAGUGGCAGAGAUUAGUAUUUCCCGAUUCCUCGCCGCCGUUCAUCAAUCUCUCCGUCGUGUUUCUGCCACUAGCUCUCCACCAAACUUUCUCUCUCGCAUUAGUUGUUUAGGGAUAAACAUGGCAGGAGAAGGUGAAGAAGAUGUACCUAGAGAUGCUAAGAUUGUGAAAUCUCUGCUUAAGUCGAUGGGUGUAGAAGACUACGAGCCUCGUGUGAUACAUCAGUUUCUGGAGUUAUGGUACCGGUAUGUGGUCGAAGUGUUGACAGAUGCUCAGGUUUACUCAGAGCAUGCUAGCAAACCCAACAUUGACUGUGAUGAUGUGAAGCUCGCUAUUCAAUCCAAAGUUAAUUUCAGCUUCUCACAGCCUCCUCCAAGAGAGGUUCUGCUUGAGCUUGCUGCAAGUAGGAACAAGAUACCUCUGCCAAAAUCGAUAGCAGGACCCGGUGUUCCACUCCCACCUGAACAGGACACAUUGCUGAGCCCAAAUUAUCAGCUCGUGAUACCGAAGAAGUCGGUUUCAACAGAACCUGAAGAAACCGAGGACGAUGAAGAAAUGACAGAUCCUGGACAGUCCUCUCAAGAACAACAACAGCAGCAACAACAAACCUCAGACCUUCCAAGCCAAACUCCUCAAAGGGUCUCUUUCCCACUCUCUAGACGACCCAAAUAAGUACCCAAAUAAGUAGAUAGACCAAAAAAUCUAUAAUAUUUAUGUAUCAACAAGUAGAAAUGUAACACAAUCAAAAAUUAAUGACCAGAGCCAGUUUUUAUGGACCAGAUCCAGAUGUGUGGUUUGAAGAUUUAGAAUGUAAGAGAAUCAAAUAUUAAUGACCAGAGUCAGUUUUUU